AUGGUAAACGUACCAAAAACACGUCGUACAUUUUGCAAAGGAAAAAAUUGCAAAAAACAUACCUUACAUAAAGUAUCACAAUAUAAAAAAGGCAAAGAUAGUGUUCAUGUUCAAGGUAAACGACGUUAUGAUAUGAAACAAAAAGGUUAUGGUGGACAAAAAAAACCUGUCUUUCAUAAAAAAGCUAAAACAACAAAAAAAAUUGUGCUACGUAUGGAAUGUACGGAAUGUAAAUUCAAAAAACAAUUAGCUAUUAAACGAACAAAACAUUUCGAAUUAGGUGCAGAAAAAAAGAAGAAAAAUCAAGUUAUCAAUUAUUAA